AUGCGCGCCGCGUUCGGUAUACUCGUGUGUUGCGCCGCCGGGUGUUGCGUGUGGCGGCGGGCCGCGUGCCUGUCGUCCGAGUCCACGCCGCUGUACCUGCGCAGCGCGUACCCGCUGUGGGAUCCCGAGACCACGCCGUCCCAUUCGGCCGCCGAGCCGCUGCUGCUCACGCCGUACCUGCGCAACGGACAAAUACUCCGGGCCAAGCAGCUGGCCAAGGUGGCCGAUGUGUUCCGGCCGCACCGGGUGCUCAGCUAUUCCGGUUACUUCACGGUCAGCGACGAGCACAACUCCAACCUCUUCUUCUGGUUUUUCCCUGCACCGUGCCUAUAUCAUUCAAAGGAAGCUCCUUUAAUUUUAUGGCUAGAAGGUGGUCCGGGUGCUAGUACAGCAUUUAGUGUAUUCAAAGAAAUUGGACCGUUUAAUUGUUCUUUUGAUGGAGAAAAUUACGUGAUCGACGAAAAUCCGUUAUCGUGGCACAAUAACAACUCAUUACUAUUCAUUGACAGUCCUGUCGGAACAGGAUUUAGUUUUACUGAACAUAUCGAUGGAUAUGCAACGAAUUUCUCAACCGUGGGAGAACAACUUUUUGAAGCUUUAAAACAAUUUUAUACAAUGUUUCCUGAACAGCGAAUAAAUCCAUUCUACAUUAUGGCUGAAUCAUAUGGUGGAAAAUUUGCACUUGCAUUGGCAUCGUUAAUCCACAAUGAAAAAAUAUUAGCCGAUAUCAAAAUGGAAGGAAUCGCAAUUGGUAAUGGAUUUUUAGAUCCUGAAACAUUGUUAUGUUACGGAGACUUCCUAUACCAAAUAGGUUUAAUAGAUAAUAACACAAAACAAGAAAUCAACAGAUUGGAGUCUCAAGGUAAAAAAGCAAUCCACGAUAAACACUACGUCGACGCGUUUUAUGCUUGGAGUGGUAUAAUGAGUACAUUUAUUGAGCAAACUCAAUUCCCGAGCUUAUACAACAUAAUUGAUGGUGACACGAUUCCGUGGAACUCGACUAAUACCAUAGGUGAUGUCAGCUACAUAAAUUUGUUGCAAACAAUUGAAAGUCGGAGGGCCUUACACAUUGGCGACGUCGAGUUCACUAGCUUGGGCGUAAUAUACUACAAAAUGAUUCCGGACUUUAUGACUUCGGUCAAGGAACAUCUAGAGCAGCUUGUAACCAAAUAUCCCAUAUUAGUUUACAAUGGUCAGAUGGAUAUAGUCGUGGCCUAUUCGUUGUCGGUUAAUUUAUAUUCCAGCAUGAAGAACCCGUACGGUGCUGAUUAUAAGAAAGCGAUCAGAAAACCAUGGUACGUGAAUAAUAAACUAGCCGGCUACAUAAAAUCGGUCGGUAACCUUACAGAAGUGUUGAUUAGAAAUGCGGGGCAUUUGGUAUCAUGUGACAAACCUGAAAUCUUGUACGAUCUCAUACACAAAUUUAUUACAAAACAACUCAAUUAAAAUUAUUAUGGUCUAUACAAAUAAAUAAAAAUAAUGAUAAUAUUAAUUUGUUUAACCUUUUGAUUGUUUAACUACUAUUUCUACUUUUUAUUUCCUAUAACAUAUUUUAAGUAGGAUUUGGAUUUCUGUUAUUAACUACGCGUGACAACUGAUGGUCAAGUAAAAGAGAAGCAAUAUUUUCCUAUUUAAAUCGGUUAGUUCUAAUUAGUUAGUUUCUAAUUUAUUAAACAAAUGAAAUAAAAAAUAGGCAAUCAUUGAAUUAGGUAAUAUAUUCGAACAAGGCAAUUUUUCGCAAGUUAGAAAGUCAUAUACUAAGAUACAUGUAAUAUCGUAAUAUCUUAUUACUCGUAUAAUUUGGAAACUAUGUAAACUUUUUUUUUUUUACAUUAUGAAAUAUGUAUGUGGUCGAAUAUUCAAUUAGACUAAUAACUAAUAGUAAAAUAUACCAAUAAAAUGAAAAUGUUUAUUUUUUGUAUUCUUAAGAACAAUAAAUAAAUACACACACAUUUGUUAGUUUGAUUAUUUUCCAUCAUUACAAACAACGGCAAAGAAUUAUUAAUAACGGUGACAUACAGGAGUUUUCUAUAGUAGGAUAAUAUUUUACUCUAAGUCAGUGAUGCCCAACCUUUCUUCCUCAACGGCGGGCUUCUUUGUUAAAUAAUUAUCUUCGUACAGGCCUCCAAGUAUAAAAGUACAAAUAAUGUCAAUAUUAAUCUAAUAACAUAAUUUUGUUACACAUAGUAGGCAUUUUAACGGCUCCCUCCAGAUAUCUACCAAUCAUAGUAGGUAUACAAUUGUAUAUUAAUAUACAUAUACGUACCCUCGGCUUAUUUUCAUAUAUUUUAAUGACUAUUGAAAAGAUUACAGAUUUAUAUACACUAUAGAUACUUAUUAAUUUGAUUUGUACGCUCUUUUACCGUAAGUGUACGGGUCAUAUCGAUAUUAAACCGAAAACAUUUUUACUUGUCCAAAAAUAAAAUUUAUAAUUUAAUAAAAUACUUUAUUUUAUAAUAAUUUUACUUUUUUUUUUAUGUUAUAUAUAUAUAUUAUAGAAUGCCUUCGCAGGCCACAGGUAUCACUGCUCUAAGAUAAACCUAUUUUGUAACAAGUGAAUAAAAAUGUAUGUAUUACACUUAUUUAUAUAAUUUACAUAUAAAUUAUGAUGUGUAUUAUGGUGUGUUAUAAAUAUACGUGUGGAAUGAUUGUUUAAUGAUUUGUAAUUAAUAUUUUAAACAUACGUCUGUGCAUCUAUUGCACAUCCGCAACUGUCAUGUACAGUGCCGCAAUAACCGGAUGUGUUGCGUGUUUCAAACCCACGGGCCCAUGGCCCUAGCUUGUAAUAGAGCCCAAUGGUAAUAUUUUAAAAAUAUGUAGAAAGCAA